AUGUCCGCCACCAAAGAGGAGAACCGCAAAGGCUCGAGCGGGUGGCGGGAAUCCUUUUGGAACCCGCAAACUCACGAGCUAUUGGGCCGGACCGCCUCGAGCUGGGGUCUGAUCCUGCUCUUCUACUUCGUCUUCUACCUGUUCCUGGCAGGAAUGUUUGUUCUCACCAUGUACAUGUUGCUGCUGACGCUGGACGACUACAAGCCCACCUGGCAGGACCGGCUGGUCACUCCAGGGAUGAUGAUUCGUCCUAAAGGAGAUCAGCUGGAGAUCCGGUUCUCGGUGUCAGAGACAGAAAGUUGGGACGGCCUCGUGCAGAACCUGAACACGUUCCUGUCCCCGUACAAUGACAGCUAUCAGGUUCAGACCAACGAUAACUGUCCUCCAGAUCAAUUCUUCAUUCAAGAGGACAGUGGAGAGGUGAGGAACAACCCGAAGCGUUCCUGUCAGUUUAAUCGGACCAUGCUGGAGGAUUGUUCCGGGAUCUCAGAUCGUUUCUAUGGUUACAGCAGCGGUCAGCCCUGCGUGCUCAUCAAGCUCAACCGGGUGAUCGGCAUGUUGCCGGGGAAAGACGCUCAGUCUCCGUUCGUCAGCUGUGGAGCGAAGAGGUACAGAGUGGGGAACGAUGAAUGGAAUGAGGACUCAGAUAAAAUCGGGACCCUUCUCUACUUUCCUCCGAAUGGAUCCUUCAACCUGAUGUAUUAUCCGUACUACGGGAAGAAAGCUCAGGUGAACUACACACAGCCGCUGGUCGCCGUGAAGUUCCUGAACGUGUCGCUGAACACGGACGUGAACGUCGAGUGUAAGAUCAACUCCAACACGCUGAGCGAAGGCGGCGAGAGAGACAAGUUCGCUGGGAGGGUCUCCUUCAAGCUGAGGGUCAACUCCCAAUAG